AUGGCACCAGUGCUUCCUGAAUUCGCCCAAAAGUACCGAAACGACAUCACGGAGGAUCAGCGAGAGGCACUUCUCGACCUCCUCCUCACCCACGGCCACUCGGCUAUCGGCCCUGAGAUCCGGAAGGAGUUGCUCGCAGGCCGAGGGCGGGGUGUCCCGUUACCCCAGGAGGCGGCGCCAUUUGAUGGAGAUGAUACUAUGGCUAUCGACUAA